AAUGCUGUGUGUAGGCUACUCGGGAAAAAAAAAGGAAAAAAAGAAAUCCAAAGGAGCUCACAGUCCGUCAGUCACCGCACACUGGUAGACAAAUAUGAUCCCGAGAGGAGCGACUCCUGCGCUUCAACACUCCGGACAACAACUCUGCCGCGAAUAAUUCACAGAAGCUGAAAUCACAGAUCAUCGCAGCGCCUGCUCUCCCGGUUGAAUUGCUCUCUUCUCCAUUCUCGUACUCUCUCCCUCUUCUGCGCUGGAUCUUUCGUGCCAGAAAAUGUGUGUGGAGGGCGAUGGAUGCGAGAUCGAAGGCUGCAGCAGUUCGGACGAGGUGCGCACGCUGUCGGGCAGCAUGAGUCCCGCUCUCAAGUCCAGCCCGGACCUCCACCCGUGCAAACCCGGCCACAAAUUCCGCGCCGCGCUGCUCAGAUGCCGCUCACCGACCGCCGCCGCCGGGAUACUCAGCUUUGGCAACGUCCUCAAUUACAUGGACAGAUACACUGUGGCCGGUGUUCUGCUUGACAUCCAGCGGCAUUACAAAGUAUCCGACAGUGGAAUCGGCUUGUUGCAAACAGUCUUCAUCUGCAGCUUCAUGGUGGCCGCCCCCAUCUUCGGUUACCUGGGCGACCGCUUCAACAGAAAGGUCAUCCUGAGCUGCGGCAUUUUCUUCUGGUCCAUUGUGACUCUGUCAAGCUCCUUCAUCGGCAAAGAGUACUACUGGCUGUUUGUACUCUCCAGGGGACUGGUGGGAAUCGGCGAGUCCAGCUACUCCUCCAUUUCUCCCACCAUCAUAGGAGACCUGUUCACUAAUAACAGCCGCACCAUGAUGCUCUCUGUCUUCUACCUGGCCAUCCCACUGGGAAGUGGGUUGGGUUACAUCCUGGGCUCCAGCGCCAAGGUGGCUGCGGGGGACUGGCACUGGGCACUGAGGGUCUCCCCAGUAUUAGGGAUUACCGCGGGAACCCUGAUCCUGAUCUUCGUGCCUGAGCCAAAGAGAGGCGUCGCUGACCACUUGGGACGCAUCAGGAUCCGCACCUCCUGGCUGUGUGACAUGAAGGCGCUCGCCAAGAAUCGGAGCUAUGUGUUCUCCUCCCUGGCAUCCUCGGCAGUGUCUUUUGCCACUGGGGCGUUCGGGAUGUGGAUCCCUUUGUACCUGGCCCGAGCCCAGGUGGUGCAGAAGACAGCAGAGGACUGCACCAAAGAGAUCUGCAGUAGCAAAGACAGCCUGAUCUUCGGGGCGAUCACCUGUGUGACGGGCCUGUUGGGCGUGGUGAUCGGGGCGGCCACCACGCGCCUAUGCCGCCAGAAGACAGAGCGAGCCGACCCGCUGGUGUGCGCGGUCAGCAUGCUGGGAUCAGCCAUCUUCAUCUGCCUCAUCUUCGUGGUGGCAAAGAAGAGCAUUGUCGGAGCCUACGUUUGCAUCUUUAUUGGAGAAACACUGCUUUUCCUGAAUUGGGCCAUAACAGCAGACAUAUUAAUGUUUGUCGUUAUCCCCACAAGAAGAGCAACGGCAGUGGCUUUUCAGAGCUUCACCUCUCACCUGCUGGGUGACGCAGGAAGUCCGUACCUGAUAGGCCUGAUCUCCGACGCCCUUCAGCAGAGCUACACGACGUCAGCACUGUGGCGGUUCCUCAGUUUGGGCUAUGCCCUCAUGCUCUGUCCCUUCAUCAUCGUCCUGGGGGGCAUGUUUUUCUUGGCCACGGCGCUGUUUUUCCUGGAUGACAGGGAGAAGGCUGAGAAACAGUUGAGCCAGAUGACACGACCGCCCUCCACAGUCAAGGUAUGACCAGGUGACAACAACAUGAGGAGCCACCUGAAGGAGCAGCCAAACUCUAAAGAUGACACAUGGGAGUUAGAACUAAGGCCAGCCGAUCCACUCGUUUGAAGUCAUGUCCACGUUCUCGUCAUUGCCGUCCCUGCCACGAUCCUCCCCCUCUUCACCCCUCCUCCUCCUCCUCCUCCUCCUCUUGGCUCCUGCUGCUCUUUGUCUAUGCAGACUCACAGAAGCUGCUCAGAACUAGAACGAGGGAGCGUCUUGCCCCUCCUUGAUACGCCUCUAAAUCACAGGUCAGUGAGAGGGAGCACAGUCGCGAGCUGAUUGCCGACCAGCCGACAGCUGGUGUCCUCCACCCCUCUGUCCCCAAGGAUCCACUGAACCUUCCAGGGAGGACUUUAGGGGGCCACAAUCCCCUGUGACCCCCCCCCCCCCCCCCCCGACUCCUGAUACCAUACUACUGAAUGCUGACAAUGAACCUGCCUGUCUGUCUGCUUGUCUGUCUGUCAUAUUGGCUGUCAAUCUGCACCAAGUGCCAUAGCGUCAUUACAUUCCUUCUGACUUUGCACUGACCCACAACCCUCAUUGACUUCUGAUCACUGACUAUGUUUACAUGCGUGCCAGAAUUCAGCCAGAAUUCAGCCAUUAGCGAGUUUGAUUACGUUUGUAUUGGCUCGACAUCCGCAUGUGUCACCUGCAAUCAUUAGGCUCCAUUGGGGUCUGUGUUGCUCCAGUGCAAAUUACCCACAAUUCAUUCUGUCUUGGCUCUUAAACACUUUGAGCCGUUAAACAGAAAGAAGCUGUAUAAUUCAAGUUCUGUGGAGUGAGAGAUUUGUCUCGUUAAAGUUUUCGGCAGGAGUUUAAUUGCUCAUAUUAACCUCAGUAUUUACAUUGGACUUCAAUACGUUUACAUGAUGAAUGCAGUAUCCUCGCCAUCGAUCAAAGCUUAGUAAUCAUAGCCCUCAAAGUAAAAAACUGUUCCAUCAUCAGUAAAGCACCCUGAAAAAAUUGGCGCUUCCCCAUCAAACCGCUGUUUCCUUCUUCUUUUUUUUUUGAGCUUCUAGCACUUACAUAAGCGUGGACAGAUCCAGAGAACAUGACAGCGAUGGGAGAAUUCUGCACAUUAUUUUUCAUUAGCUUUCUUGUGAUUUUUUUUUUCCUGCAUGUUGUUGGAUUUGAAACGGGAGGUCACUGCCUAUGAUUGUUUCAGAAGGAAGGUGAUGCAAUCCGGGCAGUUUAAGCAGACACUGGACUUUAUGUUUUUAUAAUUUAUAAUGUACUUGCUUUUCCCAAAAGUAAAAGAAAAGCUUCUCUUCUGACUUUUAAGGAGUAGCUUAAUGUCUUUCUGUGUACACGAGAAGCAAUACAAAGAACCAACCUUUCUUAUCCACACUGCCUUUUGGGGGAGAGAGGUUUCUCUUCAGAGGGAUUUUCUUUCUGAUGGUUGGUUUUGAAUUUCUGGACACCAAACCUACACAGGGACGGAGUCGCUUUUAAUGACAGAUUCCACGUCCUGCCCAUGCUGGUUACAAUAGCAGCCAUUGUGGAAAGAUACCUUUAUACUUCGCAAUUGUAGAUAUCCCAUUCCACAAUUAAGAGAAUGGACCUUUUAGGAGAGCAGGGGCCGCGGUCAUCUCUUUAUUACUGAGGGGAAUCAAAAUUCCAGACAGGAACAGGAAAUCCUGGUGGCGACCUCUUAUCGCAGAGGAAUCCCCCCUUCCCCCCCCCCCAUCCCCUUUGAAACCUGACCAGCAAGUCCUGAGAUGUCUCUGCAGGGGUCUCUUUUAAUACCCCAACCACACAACGUAGAAAUACACAAAAGGGGGAGGGGGGGGUCGAUUUGUUUCCCUCAUAUGCUUAGACUGGUAUUUGUAAUCAUGCAACUUUAAUGCAAAACCCCACCAAAACAUAAGCUAUAGCUAGUUGCUUGUAAAGAUUUAGGUAAAAGCGUCAUUAGAAGCUACCCUGAGGGAUCCUUUUUUGUUGCAUAUUACCUGGAGGAUCAUUUUUUUUCUGCAACCUUGAAGCCACUAAUGGCGUCAAAGGUUUGAAAACAAACGCAUAAAAAGGAGAAAAAGGCACUUUUCAGACCUCCGAGAAAACACCGGAGGAGGAUAGAAUGACCUUAGCGGAGGCCCAAAGGGAAAGUUGAGGUGGUUCUUGUAGCAUUGAUGUGCGAGCAUGACUCACCGGCUGCGUGCGGGCUGCUGUGUGGGCAGCGUCUUUGCUGCCAGAUCAAUAGCUUUAGCUUCUCUCCGACUGCGUGGAGCUCUCUGAAUGUGACGCGUUUACACACCUACAUCUUCUUAAUGGACUAAGCUUACCUCCUUUUGUUGAUUUUCUUUGUCUUAAUGUUACCAAAUGAAUUAAAAAAUGUAAUAACUACCAUAGAGAUUUAUAUAUAUAUAUAUAUAGAUAUUAAGCUAUAUCAUGCAGCAACUUUAACAUAUUGUAAAUGAUGGCUUGGAUGCAAUGUAUUUAUUUGUUUGUUACCAUAAUGAAGAAUAAUCUAUAAAGGGAAAUAUAAGGUUUGAGUAUACUGCAAAUUGUUGUAUAUCAUUGGGUGUAGAAAUUGUUUGUUCAUUCUUUUGUAUCCCCAAGAAACUACACAUAAGCAUCAUACAUCACUGAGAUUUAUCCCGUUUACUGUGAUCAUGAACUGGACAUCUCACACACGUUACACACACACAAAAGGAACUGCGAUGUGGAUGGAUUUUACUGCUCCAAUGUUUAGGGUGCAAUACUUUUUGCAUUCAUUUUGUAGCUCUUGUAAAGAUUUUUUUUUAUUAUUAUUAUUUUGAGAACAUCCGAUCAAACCAUUUUGCACACCUAAAUGUUCAGGGAUUGAUUUUAACCACAGCCUCAGAAGUCUGUCACGUCACGCUCACAGCGCUGUAGUUGCUGACAUGUUGUCACCUGACAUGAAAAGGGACGUUGGCUCUGGUCAGCCGGGUCACCAAUUGAGUUUCACUUGCCAAAUUUAGUUGAUUUAGCAUCAAUUAUUUAGAAGUCCGUUGUAUUGAGUAAUUCUACGUUGAUAAUCACUGAAGUGAUGUGCUGGGAAAUGUGCUACUUCUUGUUAUACAAGAAUCCUGUAUAAAGAAACCUAUUUCUGAUGUUGAGCAGAAAACAGAGGUUAUUUUUUAUUUUUAGAGCGCGUCAAUACAAGAAAUGUGUAGAGAAAUCAAAGGAAUAUUGUUCUAGAACUGAACUGUGACGCUCCUUCUAGGGGAUUGAUAGAAAAUGUACAUGUCUGUAAAUCAAAUAAACCUAUUUAAUCACUUCAUA